AGGCGGCACGAGCAACUCUAUCCAUAACCACAAUGUCGCUGGCGAGAGCGAGCCUGCUUUUGCGCCAAAAGCACACAGUCGGGAGUGUUUCGCUCAUUCAGCGGAGAUUCGCAUCGCACGAUAGUCAUGCUCAUGAUGAGCACCAUAAUGACACCCAUUAUUCACGCGAAGCUGGGUUCUCCACACCUUUCUGGCGCAACACAGUCCUGCUUUCUCUGCUGGCAGUCGGAUUUUACAAAUGGGCACCGUCGCCAAACCAAGACGUAUAUCUGACUCGGUGGCUUGCUCAGUACAUGACGCCGAGUGAAAUCUGGGCAGCUAUCAAUGAGAAACACUUGUUGCUGUCACAACAAACUUCCGACAAUACUAUUUUGCAGGCCGAUGCAAAGAGGCCAAACGUGCACCGCUAUAGAUAUCCUCAGUGAGCGACUUUGAUUGGACAUGCGCCAUAGUAUACGACUGACGUUGUGCCGGAUCACAAUCAAAUAGAAUUCUAGAUACAGGCUCUCCUCACCUACAGCCAGUCGGGACGCGUUGCCGACAUGAGUUCAACUACUGCUAGAUCUGGAUGAGGAGUAGUAGAAGUGGGCACUGCUGUGCUCGGGUUUAGUUGAUCCUCUCGAUUGCUAUGUAAAAUUUUCUUGAUACACUUCUUCCGGUUCGGAGAUGGGUGCACAGACUCGGAAAUGAGCUGCAAGUUUCUAAUUUAACGGUCUGUGUGAGGACUUCGUGAGGCAGUCAAGGCAAUUAUAAAGUCCAGUCAAAAGUGUGGUGCACCGCCUAGGUCCAUGACCUGGUCCACGUGGAC